CAGAAACCGAAUAUUUUAUUUUCAAAACACAUAAGAAACAAAAAGAAAACCAAAAUAAAAUAACAAAACAAAAACACAUUUAGUGAUUCUGAAGCAUACAGACAACAAAGGCCAUCGAUGGCCAGCACCGAUGCGAGCAAGGCACUCUUUUUCUUCAAUUUCCAUAUCCGGAAAUAGCAUGUCCAUGGAGAAUUGAGGUGGAACAGAGGGCAAGUUGAAUAUUGUUUUGGGUCUUUGAGCCAUAAUUUUUUUAAGAUUUGAAUCACUCGUGUCUUCUGGGGGAACUUUGCAAGGGGUUCUUUGAUUUGAAUCAUUCGUGACUCCCGGGGUCAUUUUGCAAGGGGGUUCUUGAGUCUCACCUAACAGUUCAGAUUAUGACAUGGCAAUGGCAAAGUUGGAGACAGGUAGUAUGCUCAAUAAAACUUCCCCUGGUUUGGGUGGAAAAAAUGGUCUUUAUUCAACCAAUGGCGUGCAUGAGUUACUUGAGUGCCCUGUCUGCACAAAUUUGAUGUACCCUCCUAUUCAUCAGUGUCCAAAUGGUCACACAUUAUGUUCAGACUGCAAGAUUAGGGUGCACAAUUGUUGUCCCACUUGCCGCUAUGAACUUGGAGAUAUAAGGUGUUUGGCUUUGGAGAAAGUUGCUGAAUCAUUGGAACUUCCGUGCAGAUACCAGAGUUUAGGCUGUCAUGAUAUAUUUCCAUACUACAGCAAGCUCAAACAUGAGCAACACUGUCGGUUUCGUCUAUACAAUUGCCCUUAUGCUGGAUCUGAGUGCUCUGUUACAGGUGAUAUCCCUACUCUUGUUGGGCAUCUUAAGGAGGAUCACAAGGUUGACAUGCAUGAUGGGUGUACCUUCAACCAUAGAUAUGUUAAAGCAAACCCAAAUGAAGUUGAAAAUGCAACUUGGAUGCUAACUGUCUUUAAUUGUUUUGGAAGACAGUUCUGUUUGCACUUUGAAGCCUUCCAGCUAGGCAUGGCUCCAGUCUACAUGGCCUUUUUACGAUUCAUGGGUGAUGACAUUGAGGCUAAGAAAUUUAGCUACAGUUUGGAAGUAGGCGCAAAUGGCCGUAAGCUGAUAUGGCAGGGAAUUCCUAGGAGUAUCCGGGACAGUCAUAGAAAAGUUCGUGACAGCCAAGAUGGACUCAUUAUUCAGAGGAAUCUAGCUCUGUAUUUCUCUGGUGGGGAUAAGCAAGAACUAAAGUUGAGGAUUACUGGCCGUAUAUGGAAAGAAGAAUGAAGAUCCGGAUAGAUGAUUUGUGUUUAGGUGUACAGUUAAAAACUCUGAGAAUGGCUAGGGUAGCCCCAUGUUGAAGCGUCAAAUGUAUUUCGAUUGGGUUUUUCGUUUAAAGUUGGAGUUUAAGUGAUUGAGCUUGAGGGUAUUUUGCAAACUGAUUUAUCUGCUGACUGCCUGCCCUGGUAAGAUCAGAGUUGCAACCUAGUGUUGGAAAUGGAUAUCUGAAUUAUUCAAUGGGGUUGAUGGAAGUGCAGCAGGAUGUCCCUGUUUUGAAGCAAUAAUUUUGUUUGGUUAUUGUGUAUGCUUUACCCUCAAGACUGACACGAAGUCCUUGGCUUCAUAUGUGUCUAAAUACACCUAUUGCCGUGUAUUUGUACCUAUGUGUUUCUGAUGCAGUGUGGUCAUUAACACCAUAUGGCCUGAAUUGAUGAAUCUAUUCAAGAGAUUUUCUUUUGCUUGGCUUGUUC